AUGGGCAAAUGGCGUUAUGGUGUGGUCCUGGACGCAGGCUCGUCUGGGACUCGCGUACAUGUUUACCGGUGGCUGCGAAACGGCUUUGCGCGCAAAGAAGCUGAUGUGGACGACCUGAAAACGCUGCCGGAGAUCAAGACCAAGGAGGACUGGACGAAGAAAAUACGGCCUGGUGUUUCAACGUUCGCCGACAAACCCGAAUCGGUUGGUCCCGAUCACCUAGCGGAACUUCUCGACCACGCAAAGAGCAUUAUUCCCGAAGAUGACGCCAAGGAUACCCCGAUCUUUCUUCUCGCCACUGCCGGUAUGCGACUACUGGGCAACCUGGAACGUCAGCUCCUCCUCGACCAGGUUUGCGCCUAUGCCCGAGCAAACACCGAUUUCCUGCUCCCCGAUUGUGGGGUUCACAUCCAAGUUAUUCCGGGUGUGACCGAGGGACUCUAUGGAUGGAUCGCGACCAACUACCUUAUGGACGUCUUCGACAAGCCAGAAAAACAUGACCAUGGGAAGGGACAUCACACGUACGGCUUUUUGGAUAUGGGCGGCGCGUCGUCUCAGAUUGCGUUCGCACCCAAUUCAACCGAAACGGAAAAGCACGCGAAUGACCUCACGCUCCUGCGGCUCCGCAACAUCGACGGCUCGGUGCAAGAACACCGUGUUUUCAUCACCUCGUGGCUGGAGUAUGGCGUCAACGAAGCCCGGCGGCGCUUUAUUGCAGCGAUGAAGUCUGCGGCUGUCGGAGAGCCUCAGGAGCUACCGGAUCCUUGCUUGCCCAAUGGUCUGCGGACUACACUGGACGGAAAAUCGGCAUCCGGAAACGAGGCGGGAACCUACCUGCUGGGUACGGGCAAGUUUGAUGAGUGUCUUCGUCAGACGUUCCCUUUGCUGGAUAAGGAUGCUCCGUGUCCGGAUCAACCGUGUCUCCUUCACGGGAUUCAUGUUCCGGCAAUCGACUUUGACGUCAAUCAUUUCAUCGGGAUUAGCGAGUAUUGGCAUACUACCCAUGAAAUUUUCGAGAUGGGCUACAAGGACAAAGCCUAUGACUUUAACACCUACCAACGUCGAGUUUCGGAAUUUUGUUCGCAGGAUUGGAGCAUGAUCGAGCAUGGCCUGCAAGAUCACAAGUGGGGAAAGAAAGUCGACCAGCAAAAGGCCUAUGAGGUAUGCUUCAAGGCUUCAUGGAUCAUCAACAUGCUGCAUGAUGGUAUCGGCGUCCCCCGCGUGGGUCUCGAGGAAACUGCAGGAUCGCUUCAUAAUGGGACAAAGGAAGUUCUGUCACAUGGCAAGGACAAGGGCUAUUUGGAUGCUUUCCAGGCGGUCAACAAGAUCGACUCCACUGAAGUGAGCUGGACCCUAGGCAAAAUGGUUUUGUACGCCUCGUCUCAGGUGCCUGCAGAAACGGAGGCCCUUCCAGUCGGGUUCGGCAGCAAUGUCCCCGGUGUCCCUCCUGAUUUUCAGUAUCCCAGCGUGGAUCUGAUUCCAGGGUCGAAUGAUUUCCACAGUGAACAUUGGCAUGAUGCAUUGUUCGACGGUGACUCGCCGCGCCGCAUUCCUGGCAUACUCCUAUUUCUGUUUAUUGUCCUUUUGGCGGUUUUCUUUUGGUGCGGGCGUGGCCGGCGCCUACGGAUCUACCAUUGGAUAAACAGUCUGUUGCGCCGAGGACCAUCCCAUCCCAACCACCCGAAAAAGCGCAAGCCCUUUGGAAGCAUGCUGCCUUUCUUCGGCCGCAAUGCUCCCUCUUACGAGCGGGUUCUAGAAGAGGGCGCCCAGGAGUUUGACCUGGGCUCAAGCGACUCCGAUAUCAGCGAUAAGGACGGUGGCCGACCAUCUGAUGUCGACUCAAACAGUUUCCAGGCGCCGAAGCGCGCGUCCAGCUGGGGCAGCAAUCCCAACACCCCAAGCUUCAAAUAUGCUCUGGAUAAUAGCUCGACCGGGACCAUCGGAUUAGGGAUUUGCGCUGGUUCUGGCAUUGCCAUGGAUCGGGCUGGUCUUGCAGUUCGAACCGAGAGUCGGGACCAUCUCGCCCCUAUUGCCUUGGGACCUACCACCAACGGCCGUCGAUCAAGAACUGGCAGUCCCACCCGAUCUCACCACCAAAAAUCCCCCAACAUGACCCCGCUGGUAGAUGAGUGA